AUGGCAGGUCCGAUCAACCGGUACAACUCUCAGACCCUGAAACCCACCGCCGACUGGCAGCAGGCCCAGAUCAUCGGGCUCAAGCCUCGAUAUGUCAAGUUUAUCUUUGCACCCGGACUUUUCUUUACAUUCAAUGAAUUGUCUAGUCGGUUGAUUUUUAUCCAAUUUUACGCUGAGCCGCAGUCACAACGUAUUCAGCAUAACGACAACUUUGAGAUGACAUACUUUCAUAUCAGAUUUGUGUCGCGUGCUCUGACUUUUGCUCCCAACAGCCUCUACAUGGGCGUUUUCGAAAGGGACGGCAAGUCCCUCCAACUUGAAAGCGUCAACACAAACACAUUAUUUUAUAGCAACUUGAUCUCAAUAAUGGGUCAAAUUUCUCUCUAA